AAAGACACAAGGCCUUAAUGAGACAGUCAACUCGGGAGUCUAACCCAGAGGGAUGAUGCUUUUCUAAUCUCAGUGAGCCUGAGUGGGAGGAAUCGGAUUCUUCCUCGUAGUUAUAAUGUGUCAGAGGAACAGAAAAAUGAUUAACUUGUUUGAAUUAAAGCUAUUCCUUCCAACCAUUAGAGCCCUUUGCAUUCAGAUGACGACCAGCAGCGUCAGUUUGCAUUCUGAUGGGAUCCUCCUCACCCUGGUGCCUGGAGCAUGCCUUGUCGGUGACUCCGGUGUCCGGUCCCCGGCCCAGAAGCACAGCCCGGCCAUCCAGCAGCGGGACCCGAGCCCCGGAGGCUCCGACCAGCGUGCACGACAUCCGGGCGACCGCAGCGGCUCCGCGUUCAGCCUGACGGGGGCCCGGACUCACACUGUUAAUCACUUUAAUCACUGAAUGUGUUAUGAAUAUAAAUAUAAUCAGAGUUACUACUUUAUGAUCACUACUUCUUCCGUCAAAGCGGGGAUUCGUUUAAGCGGUGUGCCCGCGGUCCAUUUGAAAAAUACACUCGACCUGAAACCGGCCCAGCUCGAUGGUUCCGCUCUUACUUUUCCGGUAUUCCUUGUAUAAUUUACUCUUCAGCACAGUCUGACAGCGACUGACAUCUCUGUGCGACGAAUGUAAAAGAUACCGACUUGGUAAAGUAGUUGUUUUAUUUAUUUAGUUUUUGUAAAUAAAUGUUAUUACUUGUACAUGUUGAGGAUUUCCGGGUUUGACGUAGCAUCGAACAGGAACGCUUUAAAGAGGAAACAUCCAGUGUGAGGAAAACAGGACAAGAUGAUAUAUGUUGCAUGAGAGUGGCUCUCUUGAAAACCGUCUGAUGUCUGGAGCAGUCUGAUUAUACAAGCAGAAACUUUUUUACAGAGCAUCAAACUUUCUCACCAUGUCCAACCAGCCCAACCAAAACCACCAUGAAGGGGCCUACAUGUCUCUGAUGAGAGGCUUGAGAGAGCUGGACCUCCGUGGCCAAAGUGUUCCCAGUGACCUGGUUCUGACUGGAGACCAUGCCUUUCCUUUGGCUAUGAACAGCAAAGGCCAGGUCAUGAUUGCUGCGUCUCUGUACGGCAGUGGAAGGGUUGUAGUUCUGGGUCAUGAGAGUUACCUGUCGACCCUCCCAGCUCUUGUAGAGAAUGCUCUGAUCUGGCUGAGAGGAGAUGGAUCCGACAACCUGUCUGUAGGGGUCCAUAAAAAUGUCAUGUCAGUCGCCAAUAACCUCAGCAAAUCCAGCUUCCAAGCCAAAGUGGUGGGGGACUUUAGUGAUAAUCUGGGGGUUGGUGUGUAUGUGACAGAUGCCUACAGUGUGGGUGCACACAAGAAGGAUCUUGUUGCAUUUAUGAAAGCUGGAGGAGGAGUGUUAAUAGCAGGUCAGGCGUGGAGCUGGGCUGCAAGUCACCCAAAAGAGAACACACUGCUUCUGUUUGAAGGGAACAAGGUUUCUGGUGUGGCAGGGAUCUACUUCUCUGAUCAUCAGGCUGAGGCAGAGUACCUGCCUGUCUAUCCUAAAAUCCCAUCCUCCUGGAUGGCUGUAGUAAACGGAAAGGAUUUUGAGGAUGACUUAGAGUUCUUACUCAAGGGGGUUUCAGAGUUCGACAUCCAAGAGGGAGCAUUACUUUCGGAGGUUCUGGUCCAUGGCCCUCUAGCCUUUCCCAUUGGGACCACAGCGAAUGGAAACGCGUUCCUGGCAGGAGCCUACUAUGGACAGGGACGGGUUAUUUUGAUUUCACAUGAAGGAAUUCUUUCACGAGAGCCAAUGACGCAAUUUUGGAGUAAUGCCGUUCACUGGUUGGAUGAAGGCCGGAAUGGGGUCGUUGGGGUAUUGCAGGAACCAGCCUUAGGAACCCUCAGCAAGUCAGGGUUAAAGUGUGAGAAGACAAACUUCAGGAAAGACCUGAGUGUAUUCGUGUGCAACGCAUACAGCGAAGAUCACAUGGAGGAUAUCCAGAACUUUGUGGCAGAGGGAGGAGGCCUUCUGAUUGGUGGACAUGCCUGGUACUGGGCACAGACAAACUGGCAACAAAACGUGUUAACAGAAUUCGCAGGGAACAAGAUCCUGACUAAAAUGGGCUUGAGCCUGUUGGGAGCAACGAUCGGAGGUGGUGUAUACAAGGCCCCUAUACCCAGCCAGGCCAUCAAAGACACCUACCACUUCCGCCACCUUCUAAACCGCUUUGCUGGACAUGUCAACACAGGAUCAGAACUUACGAAGCGCGAAGAGGAAUGUCUGAAAAAGCUGGGCACGGACUGUUCCACCUACUUGACCAUGAAGGCCCAUGACUGCUCCUUCUAUGCACAGCUCCUGUCCGCCCUCACUGAUAUCAUGGUGAGGGUGGGCAUGCCACAGGUGUCUGACACCUGUCCUGUGAAUAAGCCCAAAGACCACCUGCUCCUCAAUGUGGGCUCAGAGUUAUAUAAGGUUUGCCCAAAUCCAGAUGCUCUCCUGCCUUACCUCAUUAAGGAUAAUCCUUUGAUGCCAGUUAUCUAUAACCACAGGAUCCAGAUCAGCGUUAACACAACAGACUGGGAGUGGAUCAGUACAGGUCUCUACCUCGCUCCUGGUAUGAAGACCUACAUUGCCAUACCAGCAGACAUGGUCAACAAAGGAUGGAAGAUCCAGAUAGGCUGUCAAACAGACAGACUGAAUCAUGCAGAGUUGAAGAGAGCACCAAGUGUUCAUGAACAAUUUCCCAUAACCACAGAGAUGAUGCAGGUGCACAACCUCUGGGGUGGACUCCUCUACGUGGUGGCCCCUGCCAAAGCACAACUGCAGGGUCAGAUCAUAGUGCAGAUGGCUGUAGCUGCGCCCUAUUACAAAUUUGGUGUGACAACAGCAGCAGAGUGGUCCAUGUUGCGCAGUGCUCCCUCACCCUGGGCCGAGUUGGAGUUUGAAAACAUCAUCCUUACCGUGCCAUCAAAUGUGGUUUGGGACCUGGAUCGCCCUGACGAGUUGGCGGCGCUAUGGAAUAAAAUGAUGAGGGCCAUUGCUGACCUGGCUGCAAAACCACACAAAUUUCCCCGCAAAGAUCGCUUUGUAGCAGACGUGCAGAUUUCCCAUGGUUGGAUGCAUGCAGGUUACCCUGUGAUGAUACACAGCAGUGUUGCGGCUGAACUGGUCAGUGUUGACCAUAUCAGGAAUGUAGGAAUAUGGGGGCUCAUCCAUGAACUGGGACACAACCAGCAAAGAGGCUGCUGGGAGUUCCCACCCAACACCACUGAGUGUACAUGCAACCUCUGGUCAGUGUAUGUGCAUGAAGAGGUGCUUGGGAUCGACAGAGCAAAGGCACACCCAAAUAUGACUUUAGAAAACCGAAACCAUCGAGCAAAAGAGUUUGGUAAGGGGGACAGGCAACUCAUCAAAUGGGACAUGUGGGUGGCCCUGGAGACAUAUAUGCAGCUCCAGGAUAAGUUUGGCUGGGAUGCCUUUAAGAAGGUGUUUGCUGCCUACCACACGAUGAGCGACUUUCCCAAUGACAACAAAGGAAAGAUGAACCUGUACGCUGAGACUUUCUCCCGGACAGUGGAGAUGAACCUGACUGGAUUCUUCAAGAGCUGGGGUUGGCCCAUCGAACCAGCCACAGAAGAGAAACUCUCCAACCUGCCCUCUUGGAGUGACAACCCCAUGGUCCAGUAUGACUGAGCUGCAGUAUGAUGCUGAUUGAAGUGCAGAGAGAUGGGUCCUAAGAGUAUGAAUCUUUGGGUAUUUAGGAGGAAAUAUCAUUAACUGACUUUGUUUUCUUUAUUGUUUUUGAUGUAUUUGACCAUGUCUCUUAUACUAUUUUAAAAGAGAAAGAAGUUUUAUAGCUGACGAUAUAUUUACAGUCUCUUUAUUAAGCAGCUCUUGGGUGAAUUAGUUUGGUUCAUCUGAACCUCUUACUGAGUAACAAUAAGUCAGUCUGACUAAAUGAGAUGGUCCUUCUCUCAAACUGGAUUUAAUGUAAAAAAUAAACUUUUCAAGUUUAUACAA